AUGUUCUACGUCCACACGCUGCUCCCGCUGUCCUCCGCCUCCGUGCUGGAGCUCUCCAUACGCGCCAUCACCUUCCAGUGCCUCUCGGUCAGCUGGUUCUACACCUUCCGGCUCAGGGUGCGCGACCCUUCGGACGGCCACGACAACCCCUUCACGAUGUGCAUCACCCGCUUCUUCCCCGUCAUGUUCGUGGGGCAGGUGAUUGCCUGCGUGUUCGCCGGCAUGGUCUGGGUAUGCAUCAUGUUCAAGUUCUACCAGCAGCAGAGCGAGUUCCGCGGCUACUUCUCCCAUCCCGAACGGAGGAGGAAGCCCCCCACCCCGGACCCCGUAGACACACCCGCGUACGGCUACCACGGCUCAAACCGGCAGAGGCCCUCCUCCGCUCUCGAGCUUGAAAUGUCCGUCCCCUACGAGGCAGCGGAGGAGGCCGAUGAUGAAGACACCCGGCUGCUCCGCGAGAUGCUGCAGAGGGGGAGGGACGGUGGGGUGGACCAGAUCUGA